AUGAAGUCAUAGCAAAAAGGAGACAAAUACUCAAAAAAUAAAUCAACAGAUUAAAAAAAUUUAAGGAUUUUACAACAAUAAGGGUUAGAAGAUUAGUAGUUAAAUGCCUUGAUGGAUAACAAUGGAAAAAAUAUAAAAUUAAAAAAAAAGGGCAAAAAAAAUGAUUAAUAAGAUGAAAACGAUUAGUAUCAAGAUGAAUAAGAAGAUUAAAGCGAAUAAAAUCAAGUAGAAAGAAAUGAAAACGAUAAUUCAGAAUCUGGAAGCAAUUCAGAUGACUCAUUCUAAUAAAAUAGUGGAGAUGAUGAUGGAGGAAUGGAUGAUGAAGAUAAUGAUGACGAUAUAUAAAAUCUAAAUUCUGAUGAUGAGGAGAUAAAAAAGCCAGAAAAAUGGGCAAAUUUGUUUAUGAUUGAUUUCAAGCAGUGUGAUUCAAAAAAAUGUACUGGUAGAAAAAUGCAACGUCAUAGACUUUUGAAAUCGAUUGGACAUAGAUAAAAGUAUUUAGGUAUAGUUUUAAGUGGUACAGCAACUAAAACAAUUUCAAAGGAAGAUCUUCCUAUUAUUGAAAAGCACGGAUUGUGCUGUUUAGAUUGCUCUUGGGCUAAGGCUAUGGGAAUUGAGACUAAUUAUGCUAAUGAGAGAUUAUUACCACAUAUGGUUGCUUGCAAUCCUGUUAAUUAUGGCAAGCCAUUUAAGUUAUCUUGUGUUGAAGCUUUUGCAGCAGGUCUUAUGAUAACUGGAUAUGAGGAGCAAGCUGAUUUUAUUCUUUCUAAAUUUAAAUGGGGUAUUAACUUUUUCAAGGUAAAUGAAGAAGUAUUUUAGUAUUACUAGGGGUGCUUUACUGCUAAAGAAUUUGAGGGUGCUGCUUAGAGAUAUUUACAAGACUGUGAAGCUAAUAGAUAGUCAACAAACCAAGUUAGAAAAUAUGAUUUACCUUCUUCUGAUGACGACGAAGAAGAUGAAGAAAAUGCUUAAAAGAAUGAAGCAGUAUAAGAAAAUAAUCAACAAACUGUUUAGGAAAAGUAGAAUUAGGUUUUAAGCAAAAAAGAAAAGAAUAAAAAAAAAUUUGAAUCUAAUGUCAAGUAGUUUAUAAGCAAAGCCAAAGAAAGCAAUGAAAAAUGUGAGGAUGAUUCUGAUGGAGAGACUUCUAAGAAAACAAAGAAAAGCUCAAAGAGUAAAAAAGUAGAAGAAAAUGAAUCUAGUAAAGCUAAAUAAUAAAAAGAUACAAUUUAGACAGAACAAGAAAAAACAGAAGUUUAGGAUCAAGAAGAUGAAGACGAUUUAGAGGAAAGAAAGAGACUAAGAAAAGCAAAAAAAAACUAAGAUGACAAAAAAUAAACUAAAGGAAAGGGUAAAAAAAGAAACAAAGACAACAAAGAUGAUGAGAAUGAAGAAGAAAAUGAAAAUACAUAAAAUGUAACUAAUUAAGUUAAAUAAGAAAAAGAAAUAUAAUCUGUAGUAGUCGUUGAAGAUAAGUCUCCUAAUCAUAUUAAUAGAGCAGAUGUAAAAAGUAUAAUAAAAAAAAAAUCUACUAACAAUGCUAAUACUGACUAGCAAAACAACCUUUAAGAAUAGCAGAAAAAUUAAGUUACAGAUGAUGAAGGAGAAGAUGACAUAUUGAACGAAGAAGAAGAGAAAAAAUAAAAAGAAUUGAUGGAAGAGAAGAAAAAAUCAGUAAGAUUCUCAGAAAUAUAAUUAGUGAAAGAAUUUAUGAAAGAAGAUAGUGAGGAGGAGAGAAAAAAGAAACAAAAGAGACAUAAUAAAAAAGAUAAAAAUUAAAAUAAAUAAGAUAAGCACAAGCAUGCUAAAGAAGAUAUUCAAGUGUAAGAUACUGAAGAAAUAAUUGAAGCAAAGCAAGAGUUAAAAUUAUAAGAAAAAACUAUUACCACUGGAAAUGUAAAUGCAAAAGAUGAAUAGGAUCAUGAAAAAGAAAGCUAAAAAGGCGAUAAUAAGCUAAAAAAUAAGAAAUAUAAGUAAUUAGAUCAAAUGAUUGCUAAAGCAAAACAAAAAAAAGAAAAAAAGAAAGCCAAAAAAGACCACCAAAAUGAUGAUAAUGAAGAGAAAGAUGAAGUUGAAGACGAAAAAUGA